CGAAAGGGGGAUGAUACAUCAUGAUGUGUGUGCGGGCAACAUGGCGACGGCGCGCAGCAUCGGAAGUGUCAGUAGUGGGUAGGAGCUCGGUGGCGAUUGUGUGCGAGGAGCUGGGCAUAUCGUUGGUUGGACUUGUUGUUGUUACCCCUCUGGACCCGAGAUGAUCUGACGGACGAGAUGCCACCGUGGGAUAGCUACCAUCUGCCCUUCCUCAUAGUACUCGUGGCGAUCGCCGUCUCUGUCAGCGGCAAUGGUCAGUUGACGUCCAAGGAGCACAGGACGCAUGCAGCCUCGGAGCGUAAAAAUGACCUGUGGUGCUAUCGCUGCGACACUAUUGACGAGGGCGAUACGUGCGUCAGUCUAGCCGGUAACGACAGUCACCUCAUGCAAAAGUGCAAAGAUGACAAACGCCUGUGCAUGGUGAAGCGCUUCUCGUACACGACGAGCACGGAAAACUCGACGUCCGAGCCGAUGAUGUGGGGCAUGGAGCGCAACUGCACGAACAAGUGCGAGCCCGGUUGCAUCGUCAUCGGGGAGCGCACCAAGCUCUACUCGUGCACCUCGUGCUGCGACUGGUCGCUCUGCAACACCGGCAGUGGCCAAGGCCAGGACAUAUUCGCCAAAGAGCUCGAGUUCUUUCUCGCCCUCGCCAUCCAGAUACUACUCACAUUCACCCUCUACCCAUCGUGACACGCUCUCUCCUUCGACAUCCCAUUAUAAAUAACACCGACGAGCACAAUAAUACAAGAAAUGAGCUCUCUUACCUUCCUCCCAUUGCAUCCGUUGCGGUUGUUUGAGUUUUGUACUCAUUAUGUAAGUACGUUUUCGCGUUCACUUUUUUGCAUUUACCAUGGUAUAAUUAUAUCGCGACAAUAUCUAUCAGGUCAGCCCUACCUGUAAUAUAUACUAUAUUGAUUUCCAAUUAUUAUGCGAGUCGCUGGGCAUUCGAAUGAUUAUGUUUUCAACGUUUUGAGUGUGAUAUAUAUGUAAGCUUCGGUGUAUCCGAGGUGAUCGUUAAUUUUAUGAUUAGUGCGGUUGAAAAGAAUACGGAAUAAUCACGCCACGGGCGUAUACACAGUGUACAUUUUUUCAAUGACAUUU